AUGCCAUCCUCUUUCAAAACUUCAGUACCUGUCUUUCACCCGGAUCAUCCACACAAUCGGAAUCCUUACCCCUUGUACGAAUCUCAAACGAAUAUCCCUACCGUCGGCAGCAGCAGCAGUAGUAGUAAGAUAGGGAGGAUGUUCACGAAGCAGGCUCAGCACGGAGAAGAAGGAAUGAGCGAUUCGGAAAGUAGUUUGUCACCUAGUCCAAGCUCAAGGAGUCGAUGUUUCUGUGGAAACCCUACGCAGGACGGCGGGAUCUACUGUAGUGUCUCCUGUGCUCGAUCCGAUGCUUUCUCUUCGUUAUGCUAUAAACCCACUUCCCAAUAUUCAGAAUCAAUCAUAUCUCAACAUGGACAACACCCAUCCAUCGCAUCGGCAAUCUCAUCAUCCCUUUCGCGUAAUCCCUCUUCUGCAUCUUCGACCUCCAUCGCCUCAUCCUCGUCAAAUCAAGAUGUCGGAGAAUGGACUGCCUCGCAUUAUCGACGACUUGCUCGAGCGGAUAUACGUCGUGAGGAACGUAAAGAGGAAAGAAGGAAAAGGAGAGCAGAAGGUAGUUUGGCCAGUUCGAUUAGUACAAGUCGAAGUACGAUGAUGUCCGUCUCCUCAUCCGCUUCGAGAGCUGUACCGGAUCUGGUCGGUGGUCAUUCUCAUUCUAGGAAUCCCUCUAUAGCAAGUUCGAUCACUUCCAUGUCGUCUUCCACUUGGGGACUGGGAGGUAGUCUAUCACGAAACCCUUCUUCGGCCAGUACGUCCUCGAGAAAGGGAGGUAAUGGAUACGGUGGGAAUGUUAAUAUCGGCGCGGCCAUCAUGGAAGAUGAGGAUGAGGAAGAAUGGCUGCAAUCUGAAUUUUCACAACCUCCCAUCCCAGCUUUACCAAUUUCUUCGGCACCAACAUCGUCAUCGAAGAGAAGACCAUCGCACUCGCGUACAGGUAGUAAAUCAACUUCUUCAAGUAGGAAAGGAAGGAAACAUACUCCCGAUCCAUUACCUUUUGGGAUGGGCAAAGAUAUGCGAGACGUUCUAGAAGAGAUAAUACAAAUGGAGAAGAGCUUCUUAGUGUCAGAUAAUGAGAAUGACGACGAUGAUCAUAUGUCUCAAAGUGGAAAUCAGAUACCUCCAUCAACGGGGUUAUUCACCAGUCAAUUUGAUCGACCACCUCGAACACCUAGUCCAGUAUCUAAUUCGAAGAGGAGAGGAUCCAUAGCGCCUGGCGCGCCAAUACGAGGUCAUAGAUCUGCACUAUCCCAUUCUGCCUUACCACCACCUUCACCACCUCGCAAUAUCCGAGAUCCCCAGCCCCAAAGACCCCCUUCUCUCAUGGGUUUACAUCAAUCCUCCUUAUCUGAAUCACACACUGCGCUGUACCUGGCAACCGCAUCUCCCGUAGCUCCUGGUCCUACUGGACGAAGAUCGGCCAGUCCAAAAUUGGAAUAUAGAAAAUCAAUCACGUUCACACCUGACGCUGCUGGACCGUCGAUCUCCUUCGAUGGUCUACCUGCACCAAGAAGGAUAUUUGAUUCUCCUGCUGGGAAUGGCACCAUCACCCCGAUGGGAGGUAGAAGGAGGUUGAACUUGACUCCUCAGGCUGUACAUCCCUCUAUGGAUCAUUGGAGAUUCCCCUUCGGUUCUGGAUCUGGGUCCACGAUGGCCACUCCAACCAGACCUUCACAAAGUCAGGUACCUACACCGGACGAAAUGCGCAUGUCGAUGGGUAUGUCAAUUGAACCGACACUUCUAUGGCCAACUCAACCACCUAAUCUCCAACCUGCUUUGUUCCCUUGUUCACCUGCGGUGGACACUCCCGAAUUUCACUCGACCGCUGUUCUACCUACUGUUGAUGAAAUGGGAAGGAGAGAUAGUCAGUUGUCUGCUCCGGGCAGUGGAAUGAGAUUAGGUGAAUUGUUAGGUAGUGGACAUGGAGAUGGAGAUGUCGAUAUGGAUAUGGAGAUUGAAGAAGAUGGAGAUGGGUCUACUGAACAUGGACAUGGACAAGAACAGGGUAGAACAGGUUAUUUACCUGUUUUCUUAGAAGCUGAAGGUUUUAGAGCUGGUGAUGGGAACAGACGAUGGUAA